AUGGCUGGAGAAAGUGAAAGUUUCGCCGUUGAGAAGACGGACCAAGAGUGGAGGGCUGUCCUGUCGCGAGAACAAUUCCGUAUCCUCCGUCAAAAGGGCACAGAAGCACCGGGUUCCGGUGAAUACGACAAAUCCUUCGGCUCUGGCACUUACAAUUGCGCCGCUUGUGACUUCCCCCUUUACAAAUCAACCACUAAAUUCAAGAGUGGUUGCGGAUGGCCUGCAUUUUAUGAAGGUAUCCCCGGUGCUAUCAAGAGAAACGAAGACAGCAGUUUUGGGAUGGUGAGGACUGAGAUUGUGUGUUCUAAUUGUGGGGGACACUUGGGACAUGUGUUUAAGGGAGAGGGGUAUUCUACGCCAACAGAUGAGAGGCAUUGUGUCAACAGUGUCAGUUUGAAGUUGGAGAAAGAGAAAGAGGAAAGCAAAUAA